CAGAGCUCCACCCCUAGCCUGUCUGUCGCCAGUAUGAGAGAAAAAGAGAGAAAUAGAAAUCACUUGGAAAGGAACUAGAGGAAAAAAAAUAAGGGCACAGAAAAUGGAGCUGCAAUAACUUUCUUUCUCUAAGAGCUUGUAAGAAGUACUGGCAUGACAGACCUGGAGAAUGUCUUCCAUUUUUCCACAGAACAGGAUUAAUUCAGAAGACUCAUCCUCUGAUAGAAAGACGUUAAUUGCCAAGUGACAUCUGCUCAAUCAGUUGCUGUCUUCCAAGAAACAAUACAGCUUAUUCAUUGCAGUAACUGCUUCUUGCAAACACUGAAGUUUAUUUGUGUAGAAGUUCCUUGAAGACUUGUGUCAAAUGACGUCAAUGGCCAGUUUGUUCUCUUUUACUAGCCCAGCUGUAAAGCGUUUGUUGGGCUGGAAACAAGGAGACGAAGAGGAAAAAUGGGCUGAAAAAGCUGUUGAUGCCUUGGUAAAAAAGUUAAAAAAGAAAAAAGGUGCUAUGGAGGAAUUGGAGAAAGCCUUGAGCAGUCCUGGACAGCCCAGCAAGUGUGUUACCAUUCCCCGUUCUCUAGAUGGGCGACUUCAAGUCUCUCACAGGAAAGGCUUACCCCACGUUAUUUACUGUCGUGUUUGGCGUUGGCCUGACUUGCAGAGUCACCACGAGCUGAAACCGUUGGAUAUUUGUGAAUUUCCUUUUGGAUCGAAGCAAAAGGAAGUUUGUAUUAAUCCAUACCACUACAAGAGGGUGGAAAGCCCAGUUCUACCUCCAGUGUUAGUGCCUAGACAUAGUGAAUUCAACCCACAGCACAGCCUACUAGUUCAGUUCAGGAACCUAAGCCACAAUGAACCGCAUAUGCCACACAACGCUACGUUUCCAGAUUCUUUCCAGCAGCCCAACAGCACUCCAUUUUCCAUUUCACCGAACAGCCCCUAUCCACCUUCUCCAGCCAGCAGCACUUACCCAAGUUCCCCGGCCAGUUCUGGACCUUCAAGUCCAUUUCAGCUACCAGCUGAUACUCCUCCUCCUGCGUAUAUGCCCCCUGACGAUCAGAUGGGGCAGGAUAGUUCACAAUCUAUGGACACAAGCAACACUAUGAUUCCUCAAAUUAUGCCAAAUAUAUCCAGCAGAGAUGUUCAACCUGUUGCCUAUGAAGAGCCUAGGCACUGGUGUUCAAUUGUGUACUAUGAAUUAAAUAAUCGUGUUGGAGAGGCUUUUCACGCAUCUUCUACCAGUAUCUUAGUAGAUGGAUUUACAGAUCCUUCUAAUAAUAGAAACAGGUUCUGCUUAGGUUUGCUGUCCAACGUUAAUCGGAAUUCAACAAUUGAGAACACUAGGCGACACAUUGGAAAAGGCGUUCAUCUUUACUAUGUUGGUGGGGAAGUCUAUGCCGAGUGCUUAAGUGACAGCAGCAUAUUUGUACAGAGCAGGAACUGCAAUUAUCAUCAUGGCUUUCAUCCUACCACUGUGUGCAAGAUUCCCAGUGGCUGCAGCCUAAAAAUUUUUAACAAUCAGGAGUUUGCUCAGCUUUUAGCUCAGUCUGUCAAUCAUGGAUUCGAAGCAGUUUAUGAGCUCACCAAAAUGUGCACCAUUCGAAUGAGUUUUGUAAAGGGUUGGGGAGCAGAAUAUCACCGGCAAGAUGUCACAAGCACCCCAUGUUGGAUAGAAAUUCAUCUUCAUGGGCCCCUGCAGUGGCUGGAUAAAGUACUGACACAAAUGGGCUCGCCUCUUAAUCCCAUCUCCUCUGUUUCAUAGUGCCGAAGUAUUCUCUUCAAGUUAAAUCUUUUUAGCGAACUUAUUCUAAUUCUAGAGAAACUUCCAAUGUGGAUACUGUGAGCUACAUGGAGAACAGAUAUUAUGGUUAAACUUCUUACCCUGGUGUGACCAAUUCCAUUGUGUAUCGAUGAUCAGUUUUACAUUUCAAUUUGUUCUUGUGAUACUCAAGUGACAAUUGAGACCUAAGAAAAAAAAGUCUGUUGAAAAUUUUAGAACAUUUUUUCCUUUCCUUCAUAUAAGACUUAAACAGGUAUUUGUCUUAACUGGAACUUUUUCUUUGUCAAGUAGGGACAAGAAUUUUGAAGACUGACUAUAGGGAGUAAAUACAUAUCAUAGAUUUAAAAAAAAAUAUAUUAAUAAACUGCUGAACUUGUGCAGCUCCAGCUUGCAAGCAGUAUUUUUAGUAAAGCUGCAUAAGUUUUCGAUGACAAUUCAUAAACAAAAUUAGCCUUUAUUAUAGCUAAUUUUGCUUCAGUUUGAACAAUGUGAUUUAAGUGUACACAUGUUGAAAUUAUACUUUUUUUACAGAUACAGAAUGAUGUAAAACACUUGCAUAAUCUAUUGAAAAAGUGCCGUCAUAAACACACUGUAUAUUCAUUGCAAAAGAGCAAGCAUUAGCUUCAUCCCUCAUCACUUUUUUAAUAUUGCUUUUAACCACCAUUUAAAUAGUAAUUGAUAAAAGGUAAACUUCCUACACUUCUCUGGACUUAGUAAUUCUUUUUUCUUUUUCCUUUGAUUUAUGCCCGUACCAUUUGGAUGUUGUUGCCAAGGUCUAGCUUUUUGUAGAUACCCCUCUGUAUUUUAGCAUAAACACUACUUUUUGUAAAGGCAGUACUUUUCUUGGAAAGAUUUAAGUGUUUUUUGGGUUUUUAUUCUUCCUAGUUGCUUUUGACCUGUGUAGAACUGGUGUGUGUUAAAGUCUUAGUCUCUCAACACUUAUUACAGUAUUAGUGAUUAAGCGGUAUUUAAUUCACUUUGCACAAAUUUGGUCUUUUCUGCUCAGGCUAGUCAAAGACUGAAUGGCUUAAAACUAAGUAAUUGAACUUAAGGCCUUUCAGUUGUAAGUCACCCACACAAAUACAAACCUGUUUGUUAAUGAGCAAAAAUCAUUGCUACUAGUGGCCUUUAUGAUAAGUGGUCUUAGUCCAAUUUUUUAUGAGGAUCUGUCCCCUGGCAUAUAUAGUUUACCACUGUAUUUGCAGUCUUAGCAGAGAAACAAAGGAUUGAAUGGACAUAGAGGUUAAAUUGCUCCUUCUUCCACAUAGGAAACCCCUCAGAGGGACGGUGGAGGCGCACUGGCAGGGUGCUGUGAGAAGGGUUGGACAGCUGCUGCCUGUGCUGAAUCUGUCUUGUAGGGAGAGGACAACACCCGGACUAUGAAUGCAAACACUGAAUGCAAUCAUUUAAAGGGCAAGACUAUCUGGAAGAACCAUUUCAGUGAGGAACUGAGCUAAAAGAAAUGUAGAGUGGAGCCUUUUGACUGAACUUAGUUAUAGCCUGAUUCUAAUUCCCAAGGUUUGGGGUUUUUUUCCCCUUAAUAUGCAAUCAGGGCCUGUUAAUGCAUAUAAUAACUCUGACCUAUGCAAGCAAAGGUAAAGCGUUUGGGAAUUGGUAAAAAACUCUAAAGCUCAAGUACUUAAAAGAUGCCUUGUAGCUAGUUGCUGCAGUCCUUGGGUGUGUUGUGUGCUUACCUGAGUUAUUCUUGUAUUCUUUAUUGGUGACAGAGCUUUUGCUGAAAUGUGGUGAUCCCUUCACCACAUGGUACAUUGGUAAAGAAUCACCUUAAAGGAACAAUGCUGUUUACAUAUCAAGAAAACAUGUUUCUUUUGAAAUGCCUUAAAGGAAUAAAGACAGAUUGAUACUUUCAUAGAGCUUUAAUGGUAUCUUGUACAGAAAUUUACUGUUUUUUGCUUGAUUUUAUUUUAAAAUAAUUUUUUCCUCCACCAUUUUAAACAACACCCCCAGCUCCCCCCUGAAAAAACACCAACCCUUCAGGACAAGAAGUAGCAAUGCUUUGCCAUUUACCAGUCAGUCUGUUGCUUAUUUCUUUGAAUGAUAGCCCGUUGAUGGUUGUAUCGAAUGAGCUACAGACUCAGCUAUGCCCAUUCUUUGUCACUUCAUCAAGAUGCUGUAGUGUUGAUAUUGACAAACUCAUGCUUUUAUUAAUGCCAUGAAAUGUGGCAUUAAAAAAAGUAAAAUAUCGGUUGCAGGUAUAAAAUUUUUCUCUAUCCAAGGCUGAAUACUAGCUGGGAAUGGGGGUUUACUUGGGUGGGCAUGUUGGAGUUAAUUCCUAGUGCUAAUUUUGAGGUUAAGUUGGCUGCACAUGGUACUGUAAUUACAGCAGUGCUGCCACGUGUAUCUAGUCAACUCUGGAUGCUGUUUAGCACUAAAAUAGCUUGGCUAGUGGUCGCCUACCUGCAUUUAUUUACUUGACCUGUAAUGCCAACAGCAGCCUGGGAUUCCUGGUAACUGCUUCUUUAGGACAAACAUGGAGGGGCAGGCUCACUAAAUAUUGCUCUGGUGCGCUUUUUUUUUUUUUUUAGUCUUUAUUAACAGAAAGACUAGGACUCUGAGGCCUUUUAAAUACAUAGUUUUGUAACUUAUGUUCUGCUUAUCAUAGCUUUUCCUAAAUCCUAUAUGGCCUGAGCUGUGCCGUUGGUGUAGCAGUUCAGGACUCUGUGCACAGAGGGGCAGAUGGAGAACUGCUUUGACACUAAAGAUGUUUAAAUUCCAUGAUAGGAGCAGCAACCUCAGUUUUUACAGUGUAUUUGUGAAUGUAAUUGCUUCUUAAUUAAGAUUUGCUUCUAAUGAUAGAUGGAGUUAUUGGCCUGACCAGUUUGUCUACAAUGGAUGAUGAUGCCUCAUUAAGUGUAGCCCAGGUCACACUGAAUGAAAACAUUUUGGAAGCAGAGGCCAUGUGUAGACGAAAUGAGAGGCAUGUGUGCCAACACUUCAAAGCGUGCUAAAUGCUUUUGCACCACUUCAAUGGUGUCGGUGUUUGCGUGUCUUUGCGGUGCAUUGCACGUUUAAUUCCAGCCACUGUAGCAAAUUCAGUGGUGUAAUGUGCCUUAAAUGACUUGGGGUGCAGCAAACUAUAACUCCUCUGGGGAGGUUUUGGUUUGCUACCCCUACAGCCGUGGAGCGAAGCACUGGGCUCCAUGCAGCUCAGGGGCUCUGCAGGAAGCCCUGCAGGCAGCCUAGCAGCAGCCUGGGAGCACAGCCUCCGCACAAGAAAAGCAGCAAGCCUGAUUUCUUCCCCCGCCCCCCGGAGCCUGCCUGCCUACCUGAGGUGUGCGGGGGCCCCGUGCUUCCCUCCGUGGCCACAGUGCCCUCCGGGACUGCCUGAGUCAGGUGCCUGCAGACAGGUGCCCCCUGGGGUGCGGGCCACCACUGCUGUAGAGGGAACAACCAGCCCCCCUCAGCAGCCCAGAGACCUCUCUGCCCACCAGCAGCUUGCCCUCCCCUUCCUGCUGCCGGAGAGGUGGGUAAGCGUGUGCAGGUGUUAUGCAAGACAAAGGUUUAAAGGGCCCUAAAUUGAAGUGGUGUUUUUAAAAACCCACCUCUUCAAUUUAGGGCCCCCGUUUUGUCUACACAUGCCCAAAGUAACCUUAUUCUCUGGGCACAUUACUAGAUCAUAGCAACCACUAGCAUUAAUUGAUAGCAAAGAGCCAAGAACAGGUGUAUACUGACCUUCCUUUUUGGAUAGUUUAAGGAGCUGUUAGGCAUGACCAUAGCAUGAAAGCUUGUACUUAACUCUGGUUAGAGGACUCAAGGCUUGCAGGCUGUCAAUUUGCAUUGUUCAUGAGCACUACAUAAACUUAACUGUAUUGUGGAAGUAGUUGUACAUGAAGGGAUGACAUUGGGUUAUGGUAUCUCUAGGACCAAAUGGUAACUUGUCAGUAUGACUUAUUAGUCUUUCAAAAUGCCCGGUUAGUCAAAAUAACCAUGAAGCAGCCUGCAUGAUGUGAUUGGUAUGGGCCUCUCCUCUUUUAAUAAUGAUGAAUUCUUAAGAUUUUAUUUUUUUUUGCUGGAAGCUAUGGAAUUUUUUCAGUGUUAUCAUAUAAAAUUGUUUACUUGUCAAGCAGAUAUUCUUAUACUCUUAAGACAGAGGAAGAAGAGCUUUUAUAAUGUAUCAAGAUUUUUCCCUCUCUCUCGACAUAUCUUGAAAAAUAAAAGCUAAUGUUUUAGUUCCCCAAACUGUUGGUUGUAGCAGUCCUUAAUAAAUAAAACAUUAAGAACAUUUUGCCUCGCAGGAAGGGUCAAACUAACUUUUCUUAUAGUCUUGAAGUCUCUUUUUAGGAAGGAAACCUAUUCUGAAGUCAAAUGGAUAAACCAAGCCAUCAGAUGACAUAAUUGUACUUUAUUGUGCUGCUCCAUAAACCUGCUUCUGUGUGCAUUGCAAGCCUAACCUUGUUGCUUCUGUUUACAUUGUAGAAAACGGUUCUAGCAAUGAGUUGUUUUCUUUUCAUUUAACUCUAAGCAUCUUUUUAUUUUGUUUAACUCUAAAAUGAUUAGGUUUUGCUAGGUUAUGUUUUUUAAGGAUGUUUUGCAUACUGCUGCUCAUAUUUCAAUAAACAUGAAAAAUCUCCUUUCGGUAUGAUUUUUUUUCCCUCCUAGUUUGCUGCAUCCUCAAUUCAGUAUGUGCCUCAAUUUAAAUGCAUUUAAAUGUCUGUACAGGCCUUUUUCCAAAGUGUAGUUUUGUGUUCUACAAAAGUACAAUGACUUGAACUCUAUGCUUGUAACUGUCGCUACUGAUGCCUUAUGCUAUCAUUCUUUACGGAUGUGUGAAAUAGAAAUUUUAUUUCUUGCGUAAUUUGCCUGGAAACAUUGUGGUGGUCAUUGGGGCUUUUAAAAAGAGAGAUUUUAUUUUAUUUUGGUAACCUAAUGUAUUACAUACUUUUGUCAGCUGGGUUCUGAGACGAGUUGAAACGGAUAUUAAGAUAAAUUACAAUAACAUUAUGUACAUGUAUCUUUUUUGUAAGUUGCCCAGUAUUAAUCUGAAAAAUAGAUACCCUCAAACUGACAGCAGUUGUUUGCAAUGCAUAAAAUCUCAUAACGUAUCUGUACACUUAUUGCUAUCUAGAGUUUAAUUUCUUUUUUACGUUUGUGGCUAGCAUACCGCUUUUUAAACAAGUAAGCAUCUUGUCUAAACAUGUAGAACUUGAAACUAGUGACUAACAGCUUCUUCAGGCAAAGAAAGGCUGUUAGAAUAUUCCUUUUGAAACUCGCUUUAAAUAUUUCAAUAAAAUGUAAAUUCAGUUUGUUCUUUUUA